CAAAAAGUUGUCAAGAUCCAAGAACGCCAUGGAGAGGUAGCAAGAAAGGAAAUCUACACGUUGGACAAACGCUCCACUUCUCGUGUGAUAAGUGUUACCAAUUUAGAGGUAGCCCAAAUAGAACGUGUCAAUCUGAUCUACGCUGGUCGGGUCGUCAACCAACAUGUACUGGUGAGCUUCAUGAUUUCAGUUUUGUGUUAUAUAUAUUAGUAAGUCUUGAAUUUUCAGUUUUCACCAAAUUUAUACUUUAGCGGCGAAUGACUUCCAUAAAUUAACAGUGGCGUACCCAUUGUGGAAAGGGGGGCUCUGUCGCGGUCCUUCGUCCACGAUACGAUAUGUUAUGGGUUUUCGGGGUUAUCGUCUUUCUUCAAAACUCGUCUUCAAAAAUGCGAGAAAUACUGGUUUAGAGAACACAGCUGAAAUUCAAAACUUCUCUGGGAGAAAAUGCCCCUCGGGUGCCCCUAGGGUUUUUAGUGCUCGUGUGUUUGGAAUUUAUAUGCUAGCUUUUUCAAUAUUUAGCCGCUCGAUGCAAAGUGUUACAUCACCCUACAAAUGGAAGAAUAAUUGCGCAUUCAAGGUACUGUGGGGGAGAACAAACAGAAUUUAUAUGUUAUUCUGGCUAUAAGUUAAAAGGUUCAAGAAGAAUAACUUGUCAGAGUGACGGAAGCUGGUCUGCAGUGAGUCCAACCUGUGUCGGUAAGUAUUUCUGUCCUUCGAACCCUCUUGAGAAGCACAGCACGCGUCCCCUCCCUCCGCCUUCCUGUCGAAUUGGGAUAACAAUUCUGUGGCUAAGGCCCGGUGCACACGUAUUCGGAUUUGUUUGUAUAAAAUCGUAGUCCGAAUUCGUCUGUAUUCUGCGAACAUUUUGUUGCGGAUACGCCUUCCGUAAGUGAUUUGUGAAGAAAAUUGUGGGAUCUGGCGGUCCUCCCCCGGAUAAUGUUUAUCUCUUUGAUGCUCAAUGGCUGCAGUUGGGGCAUUUUCAGACUGGAGCAUCCAAAAUGGAAAACGACAAUAACUUUUUGGCAAAGUUAAUAAAUAAAUAAAUAAAUAAAUAAAUAAAUAAAUAACAUUGUAUUCUAAAUUUUCUUUAACAUUUGUAUUUUAAGAACUUUGCACAUUUUGUGUACAACUGCACCUCCUGUAAGAACAUAAAUUAAUUAGAGUACGGCGAUGCCAAUUGACGCCACUCACAGAUAUAAGUAUACAGUUGAAUUUUACAGAACAAAUCAACGUGUCAACUAAAACAUCACAUAUGUUGCAUUAUCUUUUCAGGAAAAGGUUGUCCGGACCCUGGAAGACCAAGAAAUGGGAAUGUGAAAGGAUUAUUUGGGUUUGGAGAGAAAGUUUAUUACACUUGUGAUGAAUGUUAUAAAUUGAAAGGUCCUGCUAAUAGAAAAUGUCAAGCUAAUGAGAAAUGGACUGGCACUCAACCUACAUGUGAACGUAAGUACAAGAUUACUUUGGGUAUCAUUUAUGCAGGCGAAGUUUGACCCAAACCAGCAGAUUUAUAGCAACAUUCGUGGAUAUCGUAUUGCUAUAAAAUAUAAAGCGCACUUAGCUCAUGUAAUGUCAAAAGGGCCUUUUUUAACUAUAUAACUUGGAAGCAAUAGCCCCCGGAUCCCAUGGUGGGAGGAUUUAGAAGGGAGAUUUGAUAAUCUAGUAACUGCAUGAAAUUUGCUUUGAGAAUCUUAUGUCAUGUCUUUUAUCUUCAAAUGAUUCAAUGUCUUUUUCGCAACUGUUAAACAUGUGCAUGAUAGCAUACCCCAAACCCUAUGUUUAAGUUUUGAGUUGUUUGAAGGCCAGGCUAAACAAGUUAGUGACCGAGUUGUGGUACUUACAUAAACAUGCAAUGCACGUACUUAACUGAAGAUUCGGUCUGUCUACAACAUAUAAUGUAACGCUGUAUAUCCAAAAGUCUGUUUCAGACUACGUACAAGAAAUGCAGUCCUUAGGGUGGAAAAAUACAAGAUUUUCCUCAACCGAAUUUUAUACAUGAGCAACUAAUUGUAUCAAGAAACCGACAUGCGCUAACAGUAGAAGUUCCGAUAAUCGUUAUUCGGGAAGCAGGCAAUAUAUGGUCAAGCAGAUUGCUUUGGGGUGGUGCUGGUCUUCUCUAGGGAACCCCCCAACCUCCCCUGCACCACCACGGUUAAUAUUUAUCUUUAUAUUUUGCAGCUGUCAUGUGUAGCUUCCUUCCAAAUCCAGUCAAUGGGUAUCUGACCUCCAACUCAAAGCAGUGUAACAGUAUUGUACAAUACCACUGUGAUUAUGGCUACCAAUUGAAUGGAUCACCGAGGAGACGUUGUCAGAGCGAUGGCUCGCGGACAGGAAACGAACCAGUUUGUGAACGUAAGGACACAGAGUAUAGACUAUACAGGGAUCCGACUCCUCGUCGGCGACUUUGAUGUCAGUGGAACCAGCCGCCAUCUUCCUAGCCAGUGCCUUAAAGAGAGGCCGUCACCCUCCUCAAAAACAGUCCAAAUCACUGGCUUGUUUUAGAAGUUCGCCGUUUGGUGCAGGAUAGGGGGUGAAUGCUUCCCAUUCGCGCACUAACUUGCAGCUGGUGACGGGGAUUUGCCGAGUCGGACCUCUGUAUUUUGUAUACUCUGCGCUAAGGCUGGCAUGAUAAUGUAGCAAGCGGAUGGAUUAUACGGUUCGCUUAGUCACAACAUUUUAAUACACACGAUACGUCUAUGUGUAUAAGUUCGGCACUGGACGAAACACAAAACUUCCAAUCGCUAUCGAUCUUGCCAGCGAUAAAGGUAAGUCCCCGCCCUCUAUUUAGCCCCAUCCGCUAUUAAUGAAAUCAUUCUUGAUAUAAACUUAUCGCGAAAUUUCUGAAACACAAAGUUGUCAGUGUAUAAAAUGUUCACUGAUAUGGCAAAAUAGAUAUAAGUUGUGUAGAAAAUUUCUCCAAAUGUCUCUCCAAUGAUACUAAUGAUGAUUCUGCUUUAAGAACGAGAAAAUGCACUUAGCAUUUUGAGCCCUUUCUAAUAAGCCUCCAGUCCAGAACCACUGGAAAAAAUAAGCCGGUAGAGGGCUGUUUAAUAGAGGAAAUACGGAAUUUGUGUUUCAACAGUAUGCUUGAGUUAUUCAACGAGAUGAUACAAAAGGUCAUUAAAUGGUCUUCCCCAUGUACAGGUUUGCAUAAACAUGGACAAAAGACUUUCGCAGAGUUUUGAGGCCUUACCAUGAUGUCUUUUGACCAGUUCGAUCCUUAAGGUGGCUCCCCACAGUUCUCUACAAUUUUUGGUAUUUUGAGUAACGUUCGCUUUCAACCGAAUUUAUGUUGAAUACACUUAAAAAACAUUGUUUGUGUUGCCAUGGCAAGCGUGACGUGUAAUCUUUUGAAAUUUUAUUGUCUAAUUUCACAAUAAAUUGACAAUAUCUUUAUUUAUUUUUCCUUCGGUGAAUGUUUCUGAAUUUAUUUUAAAGAAAUAUUUACGGUCCAUAAAGAAAAACAUAUCAAAAUUUGAAGGAAGGGUUUACAAAUAAGUGUUCGAGAUUUUCGUGAAUGACGGACGAUUACAGAAAAAGUUAUUUGUAGAAUUUCUUACAAUUUGGAUAUGUUUUACCACUCGUCUUGUAUAUAUAACAAAAAUAGAAAGUUUAAAAAAUUCACCGAAGAAACACGAGAAAAUCAUCACUAAAAUAUGCGCGGCCAGGCGCUGACGUGAAAAGAUCUUGACAUGAGUGCGAUUUGCGCGUGCGUCAUGUAAAUUAUACUGCGUGACGACAAAAUUUUAUAUGUGAUUUAUGGUGGGUUUUUUAGAAAUUUUCAAUUCAACUUUUUGGCUUACUUGUACUAAAACCGUUAUUUCUGACUUGCUUGACAUAAAAAUAAAAUAUUAGUGUUGGUAAUCAAGCGGUGGCGAGUACAUAACAACUACACGCGUAAAAAUCAUCAUGUUGAUGCAAGUUGUUCAGAACAGGAGCGAACAAUGUUGUGCUGCACCCCGUGAACAAUAUUGUUAACAAGUUGUUGAACCAUCAAUAUUGUUGCAACUUGUUGACAAUCAUGUUAACAAGUUGCAACAGUACUGAUGGUUGAACAACUUGUUAACAAUAUUGUUCACGGGGUGCAGCACAACAUUGUUCGCUCCUGUUUUGAACAACGCCGAACAACAUGAUCAAUUUUUACCCGUGUAGGGAUUGAUAGUACGAGUGAUGUUUGGAAAUAUUGUCAAAAUUGGACGAGCCGCCGGGCUCAAUAGUGACAAAAUUACAUUCUGAAGUAUUUCCACCUAGGAUGCUAAGCAAUUAUUGCCAAAAAUAACACGUAUGUAGAACAACUGUCAAGUGAUAGCCAUAAUUAUUUGGACGUUGUCGAAUGGCUUUCACUGAACGUCACUCAUAUUUAAUCCCAGCCAGGGGGAACGGCAAAUUUCCAAACAUCAUCUCAUGAUUACUUGUUUAUUAUUAGCAUGACAAAAUUGAAUACUUCUCGAUAUCAACAUCAUAUUCUCUCGCCAAAGCCCAGUCCUGCCAUACUUUCAACAAAAAUUUGGUGCUUUUGUUCGUAUUUUCAUUUAGUUCUUUUGUUAAAGCAUACUUUCAACAAAAAUUUGGUGCUUUUGUUCGUAUUUUCAUUUAGUUCUCUCUAGGGCAAUUUCAUUUCACAUUUGUGUUUAAAAUACCUUUCCGCCAUUUUGUUUGUUUUGGGAAAAUCAUUAAUUGUACUACAGUACAAUUAAUUAAAUAAUUGUACUCCUCUCAAUCAAUCAGCAUCCAGUAAUUUUGUCAUGCUAAUAAUAAAUGUUGAAAAUACUAAUAAUAAAAACACUAAUUAAUCCAUUAAAUUUGAUUUUUUUGUUGAAAUCGGUGAAAACGUUUCAAAACAUUGAACUACAAGUUUGACUUUUCAUAUAAAAUAACUCCCAACUGUUUUAUUAGAUUUAGCAGAUAAAACAACACAUGUGAAUUAAGUUGAUUGACAGGACUGACAUAAGUUUAACUGUUCAAGAGUUCACUGAAGACAGUAUCAUUUCAGUUCGCGACACAAGUUGAAAAUUUUGAGCAUUAUGAAAGACACUGCCGGCUGAAAGUAAAUAUAUAACUAGUUAAAACAUACGUAUUGUUCGAAUGCAGAAAAAUAUUAGGAUUAUAAUGUAAACUGGAGCUUUCUUUGCAGAAAAAAAACGCCAAAAACCUCCCGCGGCUUGUUUCAAUAUUUUUAUAAGAUUCCACGCGCGUGUCGCGAGGAUGAAAUCUGAUCUAUAAAAAUCAUAUUUUAAACUGUACUGACUGUAGGAAGAAAAAAAGGUGAUCCAUUUACUGUAGGGCCAAUAGAUACCUAAUAGUACAUGGGAAUUUAUGGAGAUGGCAUUCUUGAACGCAAAUUUCUACACAAUCUUAGAUCAGAAUCGCAGGAUCGUAGGUUCGAUUCCUGCCAGAGGGCCUGUAGUUGCAUUUUCUCCAACUGUUCUUGAUUAGGUCUAAACGUGUAUGAAAUUUACGUUCGAAAAUUCCAUCUACAAAAACCCAUACUCUAUUUGUUCUAUGAACGAGAUGCCCAAAAUCUUGAUAUUUACCCACUAGCUAGAAACUUAAAAGCAGUUUAUUUUUACAGUUAAAAGUUGUCAAGAUCCAGGCACGCCAUGGAGGGGAAACAAGAAAGGAAAUCUACAAGUUGGACAAACGCUCCACUUCUCGUGUGAUCAGUGCUACCAACUUCGAG